AUGGCUGCCACUGAGACCCAAGAUGUGUACACGCCGUACGAUCAGUUCUUUCUCUUCGGAGACUCCAUCACACAGAUGGCUUGCAACCAGGAGCUAGGUUUCGCAUUUCACGCUGCACUCCAAGAAUCCUACAGUCGCAGAUUGGAUGUCGUUAACCGUGGCCUCGCUGGAUAUUCGUCCGCCCAUGCUGUUAAGGUCUUUGAGAAGUGCUUCCCUUCGCCACAGAUCGCUAAUGUGCGAUUCAUGACUAUCUUCUUCGGUGCCAAUGAUGCAUGCGUUCCAGCCCACGACCAGCAUGUGCCUCUGGAUCAAUAUAAAGAGAACCUGAAGACGAUCAUUCAGCACCCAGCGACGCGCGCACAAAACCCGCGACUCAUUUUGAUCGGCCCACCUCCCGUCAAUGAAUAUCAAUUGGAGGAAUUCGAUGCGGCAAAGGACACCAUAUCCCCAAGCAGAACUGCCCGCCACACCAAGCUGUACGCAGCAGCUGCCUCAGAAGUUGGUGCAUCGCUCAAUAUCCCGGUCGUGGAUCUAUGGUCCACUUUCAUGAAGGUCGCUGGCUGGAAGGAAGGAGAGCCUCUGAUUGGUGCUCGCGAUGUGCCAAGCAAUGAGAAACUGGCUAGUCUUCUCACUGAUGGUCUGCACCUCACUCCCGCUGGUUAUCGCAUCGUCUACGAUGAAGUUAUGAAGGUGAUUGAGGCCAAUUGGCCGGAUCAGACUCCGGCCGCUCUUCCAGAAGUCUUUCCCACGUGGGGCGAGGCACCGAAAUGA